AUGUCCUAUGCUAAUGGUGAAACUGGUGGACACCCAAGGCAUCACUUGUCCAAGCGUGCCAGUUCUCAGGUGGGAAAGCUAAACAGGCCCCCAAAGACUUCAAAUUGGCUAGAAAUGAAGACAGACUUCAACAAUAUGGAGUAUUCUUCUGUGGCUCCUAAUCCAGAUUCACUGGUGACAAACGGAUCAAAGGUUCUUCCAGAUGCUGAAGAGGACAAUUCGCUGGAUUCUGCUUCCCAAAUAAAUAGCAAAUCUAUAGGACGCCAUGAGGUUCAGCAAGCCUACGCCCCUAAAUGUUUUUAUGGCCCACGUUUAACAAAAACUAGUAUGCAAGGAGACGUGUACAAUUUCCUGGAGAGGCCUACAGGAUGGAAAUGUUUCAUUUACCAUUUUACCGUAUUUCUGCUGGUGCUGGUUUGUUUAAUUUUCAGUGUUCUGUCUACUAUAGAACAUUACGCAGAAUUUGCCACCGGAACGCUUUUUUGGAUGGAAAUUGUCCUGGUAGUCUUUUUCGGUGCUGAAUAUGUGGUGAGGCUCUGGUCUGCGGGUUGCAGAAGCAAAUAUGUUGGUAUCAAAGGACGAAUACGUUUUGCCAGGAAGCCGAUAUCGAUAAUAGAUCUCAUAGUUGUGAUAGCUUCCAUUAUCGUUCUGAGUGUGGGAUCAAAUGGACAGGUGUUCGCUACCUCGGCAAUAAGGGGAAUCCGGUUUCUGCAGAUCCUUCGCAUGCUUCAUGUAGACCGACAAGGUGGGACUUGGAGACUCUUGGGGUCUGUGGUAUUCAUACAUCGUCAGGAACUCAUCACUACCCUAUACAUUGGAUUCUUGGGCCUAAUCUUCUCCUCCUAUUUUGUCUACCUUGCUGAGAAAGACGCCGUGGAUGAAGAGGGACAAACUGGGUUCUCCAGCUAUGCUGAUGCUCUCUGGUGGGGAGUGGUGACGGUGACAACGAUUGGCUACGGGGAUAAAGUGCCACAGACAUGGAUCGGCAAGACAAUCGCCUCCUGUUUCUCUGUGUUUGCAAUCUCAUUCUUUGCUCUGCCUGCAGGGAUUCUGGGAUCAGGAUUCGCCCUUAAAGUCCAACAGAAACAGCGCCAGAAACAUUUCAACCGGCAGAUUCCUGCAGCGGCAUCUCUAAUUCAGACUUUAUGGAGGAGCUACGCAGCAGAGAAACCUCAGGGCUGCCUGGCCACCUGGAAGAUCUAUAUUACCCCAACUCAGAACUCAAAGAAAACAACAGCACCGCCCAGCCCAAAUCUCCGAAAACAGAGUAAAAGAUAUAAAAGGAAAGGGAAACCCGGGCGGGAUAAUGGUUUGACAUCUAUAAAUCCAGGAGACACAGCAUUAUCCAUUCCUCAGAUUACUUACGACUUCAUUGAUGAUCAAGAAGACAAGAAAGAAUUGAAUUUCUACCUCGAUGAACCUGCAGGUAAACUAUUGACUGUCUCUUUUGGGCUUGGUCUUACACGGAUGUUCAAGCAAACAGUCAAGAAACAUUUGGAAGCCAACAGCGGUGGGAUGUCGAGAGCCAGCAGCUUCAUGGAAGAUGUGGACCUGACAGCUGAAGAGGCCCUUCUGCCUGCUGUAACAGAUGUCUCACAGUUAACAGAAACCCAUCGUGCGGCUGUCAAGGUCAUAAGGAGGAUGCAGUAUUUUGUAGCGCGAAGGAAAUUUCAGCAAGCUCGGAAGCCUUACGACGUCCGUGACGUCAUUGAACAAUACUCUCAAGGACAUCUCAAUAUGAUGGUUAGGAUAAAAGAACUCCAAAGAAGGCUGGACCACUCUCUCGGAAAGCCCGGCCUUUUUCUUCCAGAAAAGGGGGUAGACAAAGGCUACUACACAAUGGGAGCCAGACUGAUUAGACUGGAAGAUAAGGGAAUGUUUGCGCUCAGCCCCUUUGUGUGA